CGGAAGGGGCGAUUUCGCUUUCUCAAGAGUCCACAGUCCUUUUCGGAUGUGUUAGACCUAUGUCUAUUCCGUUCAAUUUUUUUUUAUUAUAUACAUUUCAUUUGGCAGACCCCCAAUUUCUCCCCGAAAUAAAACACAACAUGGAAUCGAAGAUGGAGUAACUCAAGACUCUAUUUUACCUCUCUUGUUUUACCUCAAUUUAAUGGACCGGAUGAUUUCCAAGUCAAACUGUGAUUCCCACAGCUUUGCAGGGGAGGUAGCUGUAUCCAGUGAGGAGGGAGGCGUAUCCAAGGGUGAAUAUGAAGUUUGCCGAACCCUUGGAAAGCCAGAGGCUGUCUUUUCUUUUGGAAAAGGCCGCCUCUAGGGAAGCCCUGAUGUGGAAGGUGUACGUGCCCAAAAAGCCAUCUCCCGGCAGUCAGGAUACAGACAUCUCUCCUGCCCAGCGUGAUGAGGCUGUGUGCUGGCUUAUUAACCUCCACAAAGACACCAAGCUAUAUCCAGAGACCCUCUCCCUAGCCAUCAGUAUAUUGGACAGGUUUUUAGGCACUAUAAAGGCCCGUCCAAAGUACCUCCGCUGCAUCGCCAUCGCCUGUUACUUCCUGGCUGCCAAAACCAGCGAAGAGGACGAGCGUGUGCCUAUUGUUGGUGACUUGGCCAGCAGCAGCAGAUGUGGCUGCUCCCCAUCAGAGAUACUGAGAAUGGAGAGGAUCAUUCUGGAUAAACUCAACUGGGACCUGCACGCUGCCACACCGCUGGAGUUUCUACACAUUUUCCAUGCCAUGGUGCUGUCCUGCAAGCCACGGUUCAUGGUGGGUCUGGUGGGGUGUAACCCGGCGCAGCACCUGUCAGUGUUGACCCAGCAGCUGCACUACUGCCUGGCCGACAGCGCCCUGCUACAGCCCCUCUCCCGGGGAUCCAUGCUGGCGCUGGCCCUCAUCACCCUGGAGCUGGAGAAUAUCUGCCCUGACUGGCUGGCUCUCACGAUCAACCUGCUCAGGAAAACACAGAUUGACAGUUCUCAGCUGAUCCGAUGUCGAGAGCUGGUGUCACGUCACCUGUCCACACAGGAAGCUUCCCUGCCUCCCAACACUGUGUACAUCUACCAGUCCCUGCACCACAGUCUGGACCCGGACCCUUGCACCCGAGGAAGAGAGUCCGACACCAGGCUCCCAGACAGAGACCCACCGGCGCCAUCCACGGCCCCUAGGGACAGGAGCCUCUCCUGGGUCUCCUCUACCACCCUGCUCCAGGUCCAUGGACCACCCAAACCCAGCCACCACUCCCACCAAGUCUCCCUGCGCUGCAAGCACUCAGCCAAGCGCAAGGUGGAGGAGAUGGAGGUCGACGAAUUCUACGAGGGGAUCAAACGACUCUACAACGAAGAGAACGGGGGCGCUCCGGAAGGGACGGCGGUAACGGGGGAGGAGCCUCUAGAGGAGAGUCCUGUCCUAUUGGUCAGGAGGGAGGGCCACACCUCCCCCUGCCCCCCUCUCCAACCCGUCAGUGUCUCAUAGAGAAGAAGAGGAUGAAACCAAGGCCUUCUCUUCUUCUCUACCUGAGCUGCAAGGAAAAUAAGUCUCAGUAUUCAAUCUGUCACAUGGCAUUUAUCCACCAACCCCAGGCCUCGAUUGAGCCCCCAAAAAAGUCACCAAAAAAAUAUGCUAUUUCAUAACUAUUUGUUGAGCACAAAUAUAAAAUGAUAAAAAAAAUAUAAAUAUAAUAUAAUGAUAUAAAUAUUAUCCUUAAAAAAAAUAGGUCAAAUUACUACUUCUCUCUGUGAGUCUCUGUGAUGAUAUUUCUCUACGGUCAUGUCAUUUUAUUUCUGUUCAAUCAGUAUAUUUAUUUUCUUUUACCUUCCUCUUUUCCUGAAAUAAAAAAUAAUUUCCCAGCCAUGUUGUCUUUAACCCCUCACAAAACAUGUCACGAUAAGAGUUUGACUGUAAAGCGUGUAGAACGCAUGUUAACCUGAAGUACUGAAUGGUUUUUUUUUUCACGUUUAAAAAUCUAAAUAUCCCCUUCCACAACGUUCCUAUGUUUGCCCCGUCACAGUGUGCUGUAGUAGUUUAACCAAAGAAUGAACAAGCUACUGUCAUUAAUGACAAUACAGAAGUGAAUCAAUUUACCCAAUGAAGCAAUAUGUUUUAAGAUAAACAACUUAGUUUAAAAGAGAGUUUAUCCCAAGUGGCACCCUAUACCCUACAUAGUGCACUACUUUUUAGUAGAGGCCUAUGGGGGAGAAAUAGUGUGACAUUUCAGAUGCUAUCAAGAAGAGGGUUUGAAGAUGUAGCUACCAUAAUUCACCUUAUCUUUGCUGUUCAGAAACAACUUGCUGGUUUUUUUUUUUGUUUAUUGCCAAAAGGCUCUUGCUCUGGGGUGCUGGUAACUGCCGAUGUACUGCUGAGAACUUGUGGCAUCAAUAAAACAAGUGAAAUAAUC